GAGUUUUAAAACAAAGUCGGAAACAGGAAAAUGAUUUAGACCCUUUUUGUUAAUCAUUUUCUCGGGAAAAAGUCCAUGACCUGGGAAGAGCGCUGAAAAUUAAGGGGAAGAACUAAUCUAUCAAUUUAGAUAUAGAUAUGUAGAGUGAGUGCACAAAGAUUUGUCCUAUUUCGCCACUCUAUCUCCAAGGCACCAUGUACGUGUCCGAUAAACCUCAAGCUAUCGACUUUUACAAGGAAGAAGUAGAAGAUCCAGAAAGCCACAAAAUGAUCGUUGACGUCGUCACUGGCAAUACCCAACUUCCACCUGGCCAUCAAAUCGGAGAUACGACUAGCAGUGGCGGGGAGGAGAAUUGUGCAAACCCUUGUUCUGAUCUGAAAACCCCUAAGAAACGAGCAGAGACAUGGGUACAAGAAGAAACUCGAGUACUUAUUGGUCUUCGCCGAGAAAUCGACUCACUUUUCAAUACUUCAAAGUCCAAUAAGCAUUUGUGGGACCAGAUUUCUAUGAAGAUGAGAGAAAAAGGGUUUGAUAGGUCACCUACUAUGUGUACUGAUAAGUGGAGAAAUUUGUUGAAGGAAUUCAAGAAAGCUAAACAAAAUCAAGAUAGAAAUGGUUCUGCUAAGAUGUCCUAUUAUAAAGAAAUUGAGGAGAUUUUGAGAGAGAGGAUUAAUAGUGGCGGUGGUUAUAAGAGUCCUCCAGCUCCCAAGGUUGAUUCUUUUAUGCACUUCGCGGAAAAGGGUCUUGAUGAUACAAGUAUCACAUUUGGACCUGUCGAAGAGAACGGGAGACCAACUCUUAAUUUAGAACGACGUCUGGAUCAUGAUGGCCAUCCUCUUGCCAUAACGGCGGCAGAUGCAGUCACUGGGAGUGGAGUUUCCCCUUGGAAUUGGAGAGAGACACCUGGAACCGGUGAGCCGAGUCAGUCAUAUGAGGGUCGAGUUAUCUCAGUCAAAUGGGGAGAUUACACGAAAAGAAUUGGUAUUGACGGCACUGCAGAUGCCAUCACAGAAGCUAUUAAAUCUGCUUUUCGGUUAAGGACAAAGCGUGCAUUUUGGUUGGAGGAUGAAGAUAAUAUUGUCAGAACACUCGACAGGGAUAUGCCACUGGGAAACUACACCUUGCAUGUCGAUGAAGGCCUGACAAUAAAGAUAUGCAUGUAUGAUGAAGCAGAUCACUUGCCUGUUCAUACAGAGGAUAAAACCUUUUACUCUGAGGAUGAUUUUCAGAACUUCUUAUCACGCAGAGGCUGGACAUGUUUAAGAGAGUAUAAUGGCUAUCGGAAUGUUGAUAGUAUGGAUGAGCUUUGCCCGGGUGCCGUCUAUCGUGGUGCCAACUAAGGAGGACCAGUAGGGCCUUCUCCAUCAUUGUGACCUUCUGCUCAGAAAGCUCAUUUGAGUAGUCUAAACUGUAUAGAUGGUUCCAGCUAUACGUGACAGUAGCAAAUGUGCGCCAAAGUAGGGAAGGACAUCGUUGUACAAAUUAGUUGCAUCUUAGCUUUUGAUUGCGUGUAAAUCUUUUCAUAUUUGAUGUACUUCCAGAUCCUGAAACCAAACCUCUCCCGUGGUUAUAGCUUUCCUAGUAGUUCCCUUUAAUUCAUAUAUCAGUACAUACUA